GCUGUACAACGCACGCCUCCUCUGCCGGGCGCCUAAGAGCUGCUCUCGAGACCUACGUUCGCCCUCCCUAAACCGAAACCCUAAUUCCUAAAUCGAAACCCUAAACCUGGUCUCUCAUUUCUCUAUCGACUCCAGCCUCCCUAAACUCGAUGUCUAGCGUUGCCCGGGGUGGUCGGGUUCAUGGCGGCAGUUCGCGAAGCGGCGGAGGUAGAAGUGGGCAUGCUCCAUUUCCUCGCUCUGUCUACUUCGUCCUCCUACCAUCCUCCGCCUCAACGUCGUACUUCUCGAUCGAGGUAGUCCAGCCCUCCAGUACUCUCGACGCGAAGGAGCAAGUUCCACCUCUGUUGACAGAUCCUCCAGUACUCUCGACGCGAAGGAGCAACUUUGAAUAUUGCAUUUCGUCCGGACUUAGGCACAAUCGGAAGGGAAUGUCUAGUUACUGUUAAUCAUUUUCUGGUCAAAGUUACGGAUAAUGACUUUUUUCCGUAUAAUUGAGAUUGUCAAAUAAUUUGGGCAAAUAUGGCUUGAUGCACUAGCAAUUUGGGCAAUUUGUAUACAACUAAAGGGGAAGAACAUGGUGGAAUGAUACGGGAUCUACUAAAAGGAUUCUACAAGUCAACAAAUGAGAAACCUAAAAGAAUAAUUUUCUAUAGAGAUGGAGUAGGCGAAGGACAGUUUAACCAGGUGUUGCUAUCUGAAGUGGCCGCUAUAAGAUUGGCUUGCACUUCUAUAGAAUCGGACUAUCGUCCUGGGAUCACAUUUAUUGUAGUCCAAAAGCGACAUCACACAAGGUUGUUCCCCAAAGUCCAUGGAAAUCAGGGUGUCUCGGCCACGAGAAAUGGAAAUAUUUUGCCUGGUACUAUUGUCGAUACGAAAAUCUGUCAUCCAAAAGAAUUCGACUUUUAUUUAUGUAGUCAUAUUGCAAACCAGGGGACAAGCAGGCCUACUCAUCAUUACGUUCUGCUCGACGAAAAUGGAUUUUCCUCGAAUGAAUUGCAGACCUUAACUAACAACUUGUGUUAUAUAUACGCUCGAUGCACUAACACAGUAUCUAUAGUUCCGCCUGCAUAUUAUGCUCACUUGGCCGCAGCUAGAGCUCGCUACUACAUAGAUGAAUACUUCGAACCUGAUUCAGAUCCCGUCCAAAUCAAAUUGUGUGAUCAAGUUAAGAACGUAAUGUUCUACUGUUGAAAAUCACUUCCUGUAAUUUCAGUGGAGGGUGCCAUGAGACAGGACAAGUUUAGUUCCAUUCCAAGGUUGUGGUUCUGUGUCAUUUAAAGAUCACGUGGAUUUUCAGUGUCUGGUGGUGUUGGAUAUCGAGAAAGGCUUCCGAUGCAACAGUUGUUCAAAUACUCCAACUGCUUUUAUCUAUUUUUCGCUGUAUGGAUUUUUGACUUAUGUUUUUGGUAUUCUUCCUUUGAACUCCAUUACUCUGUUUUUUUAUAGUGGACAAUGUUGUUCGAACUUUAUUGUCAAAUCUUAAUUUCUGUACUUCAAAAGCAGAUUUUGUUUGGAGAUUGAUCUGCUAUUAUCAAUUUCUAAAAAUCUAAUGAUUGUAUGUGGUAAUGCUGUUUAAUAAUAUUAAUUAUCAUUCUGAUAUGAAGUGUCUGUUGGGAUUUGCAGACAUAAGAAAUUGGUUGGUUUGAAAUUUAAUAGCAAUUUCCGGCUUGUCUGAGAUGUGAUUUCCACAUAUAAUCUCAUUGCUAUCACAUAUUUUCAUGAUUUGGGGUCUGACAAUGAUGGAGUGGAGUGCUAACACAUGCGUCGUGCUGCUGCGGUUGAAAGCGCUUGCAUUUUCAGGAUUUAUGUUUACUUGAGUUUUGAUUUAUUUACCUUGGUUCUGAGAAGUGCCGUUUUAACAUGCCUUCUCUUUUGACCCUUAUUACAGCAUUGACUUCUAGCCUCUUAUUGGUCCUAUUUCUGAAAUUCGUAGGUUCAACAAUGAGACAAUAAUCAAGAGGUCGCUGUGAAGUCUAACAUUCUUCUACAUCAUUAUGAUGCAUUCGAUUGUCUCCUGUCGCCAAGCACCCUGCCUCCAUCAGUCAAACAAGAACCACCACUAUGCCUGGAGACAGCAAUGGGCGAGGAAGGGUUCUUUCUGGCGUAAUGGAUGACACAUUGGGCCACACGUUUUGUGCUUGCCGAGCAUGUUGUCAACCAAUGGACUUUCACUUCAGGAACAAGUGUUCCACUACCUAUUCAAAAGUUUCAAGGUAAUCGAUGUUCCUAAAUAGUUUUGAUUCUCAGUUUCAUAUAAAAAAAAGUGUUCAUGCCCGUUUGGUAUUUAAUUGAUGUGUAUUGAUAAUUUAUAUAUUAUUUAAAUUUCCAUUGUGAUUUUA